AAUACUAGACAAACUUAUGAGCGCCUAGACAAACCGGAACCGUUGGUUAACCCAAAGGUCCCAACCGUUGAACCGUGGAAUUUCUGUUGACGACGUGGAUAAUGGGAGCACCAUGGAGCCGACUUAAAGCGGAACUCUCGAUCUACCGUCGUGGGCCCAAAGAAAAGGAGACCAAGUGGGGAAAGCCCAAUUAAAUUCUGUCUUUCCCUAAAGUCCAAGGCCACUUUUCCCCGUCGUCCCGCCGUUUCCACUUCUCUCUCCUCCAGCCUUCUCCCCCAAGCUUUAGGGCAAUCUCUCCCUUCCUUCCCGGACCGAAACGGGCAAUUGUCCCAACCUACGCCGAUCGCCCAUUCCGGCAAUCAGCAAGAAGCCCCAUCUGAAGGGAGAGCUGGGAGGAGAAUCCAUGAAAAGAUGCUAGCUGCCGCCGCGGCGUUGGCUUCAUCAACUAGCUCUCAAGACUCCGGAUCGCCAUGUCGAGAUUUUUGACGUUUGGAGCUAUUAAGAGGAUCGCAAGUUCAAUUACUGAAAGCCAAAGCCAUUCAGGGUAUAAGAGGUAUGGAACACUAGCCCAGCUGGGCUCCCGUAUACCCCAUUUUAGACACACUGCUCAUUACCAGCUCCCACGAGUAGGAUCUUCAGCCUUCACCCGGCAUGUAGUCAAGCAGCAAUUCAGCCAUAGUUUCAGUUCUCAGCCAUAUACUGGAUCUUCUCCUGCUAAACUUCUCGCUUACAAUGCCCAUCUUGCAUGGAGGAGGCUCAUUGCAAGAGGCUCUCAUGGCAUUGAUAACCCCACAGUUAUAAGCAGGAUUGCUCAAGCAGUCAGCUUGGCUUUAACAAGAUCACCUCUUGUAGUCUCUGGUGCGCUGGCACUGACAUGUGGGCAAAUGGCAUGGGCAGAGAGAUCGAUGGCCGACUCGUUUCAAUAUCCAUACCCCUUGACAAGUUCACUAUACAAUCGUGCACAAGAUGGAAGAGCUUUUGUCUCAUCACUGGUAUACUCUGCUGUGGAAGGUCUUAUCUUGCUCGUGAGAACCUUCUACUUGACCAUCUUGUUUACCCCAAGCUUAGUCAUGGCACCAUUUGCUGACUGGUUUGGACCAAGAUUCAGGGACUAUUGGCUUCGUGUCGUCCUUCGAACACUUGAAAGAGCAGGUCCAGCAUUCAUAAAAUGGGGGCAAUGGGCGGCUACACGACCUGAUCUCUUCCCUCGAGAUCUCUGCACCAAGCUGUCACAGCUACACUCAAAAGCUCCUGAGCAUAGCUUUGCCUACACAAAAAAGAUAAUUGAAAAAGCAUUUGGCCGUAAGCUAAAUGAAAUCUUCGAAGGGUUUGAGGAACUUCCUGUGGCAUCUGGAAGUAUUGCCCAGGUGCAUCGGGCCUCUUUGAGAUUCAGGUACCCUGGUCAGAAGCAGGCGAAGCCUCUUGUUGUGGCGGUAAAAGUUAGGCAUCCCGGUGUUGGAGAGUCAAUUCGUAGAGAUUUCACCAUCAUCAAUUUGGCAGCAAAGAUGUCGAGAUUUAUUCCUGCUUUGAAUUGGUUGAGAUUGGAUGAGAGUGUACAGCAGUUUGCAGUUUUCAUGAUGUCUCAAGUUGAUCUUGCUAGGGAGGCUGCUCACUUGAGCAGGUUCAUAUAUAACUUCCGGAGUUGGAAAGAUGUUUCCUUCCCUAAACCAGUGUAUCCCCUCGUGCAUCCAGCUGUUUUGGUGGAGACUUACGAGCAAGGGGAGAGUGUUUCGCACUAUGUGGAUGACCUUGAGGGACAUGAUCGGGUUAAAGCUGCACUUGCCCAUAUAGGAACUCAUGCACUUCUGAAAAUGCUUCUGGUGGACAACUUUAUCCAUGCAGACAUGCAUCCUGGGAAUAUUCUUGUCCGGGUGGCGUCUCAGAACAAGCCAUCUGGGAAAAAACGGCUGUUCAAAUCAAAGCCUCAUGUCGUUUUCCUUGAUGUAGGCAUGACCGCUGAACUAUCAAAGAACGACAGAGUGAAUCUACUUGAGUUUUUCAAGGCUGUUGCUCGUCGAGAUGGACGCAUUGCAGCAGAAUCUGCAUUGCGAUUAUCGAAACAGCAGAAUUGUCCUGAUCCAAAGGCUUUUAUCAAGGAAAUGGAAGAGGCAUUCACAUUCUGGGGAACUCCAGAAGGCGAUCUGGUUCAUCCUGCGGAAUGCAUGGAGGAACUACUCGAGAAAGUAAGGCGACAUAAGGUCAACAUUGAUGGCAAUGUCUGCACUGUAAUGGUGACAACGUUGGUUCUCGAGGGAUGGCAAAGGAAGCUCGACCCGGCAUACAACGUGAUGCAAACGUUGCAGACGCUGCUGCUUCGAGCUGAUUGGGCAAAGUCACUGUCUUACACGAUCGAAGGGUUGAUGGCCCCAUAGAAGAGAAAGAAGGUUAUCACAGGUUGGAAACAAUUUUGUAAGUGUUUAGGCCACAAAGAAGUAUACUUGCAGUCUAAGAAAUAAGGACAGCUCUCUCAGGGAUGUAUCCAGCCCUCGAAAUUUUGGAUGAUUCUUUUUUGUAAUUCCCUUGUACCUUUAAGGAUUCUUCUUCUUUGUUCACUUCUCACUUUUUUGCUUUGUUUCCCAUUUCUCUCUGUCUUUUUGCCUGUACUUAAUUCAAUCGAUGGUUUUUCCAGACAAUGCAAGAGCAACAGAGAAAGUAAAGAGAAUAAGUGAUGCCAAUUCUU